GCCUGCUUGCCCGGCCAGCACAUUAUUAUUAUUAUUAUUCGUCCUUUUGUGGAACAUCUGCCUCACACACACCAAGAGAGAGAGAGACAUUGCCCGUACACACACACACACGCACACGCACACACACACACCCAACGCCCACUCCACUCUCCACUACACCCAGCCCAGCCCGCCAAUCCCAGUCCCGUUUACCUGCUUGCACUCAACGCUUCCGGCCGCCGGACCACACUCCAUCGACGUCUCGAGGACGGCUUCUUCUUCGACUGCCUGCUGCUACUGUCAGCGGGUGUCGCAGCAUCAGCCGAGUGGCGAAGUGAGCGAGUUGUUGGCCGAGUCAGGCAAUCCUGCAUCUCUCCGAGACACGUCUUGGAAAUCACGGACGGCGCUGCCUAUCCGUGAUCGCUGGACUGCUUGACCAUCGCUGGCCUCUUUUUUUGGCGGGCGUAUUAUUGUUCGUCCUGCCUGUACAUCAGACCGAAUACAUCCUCCACCACCACUGCCCAUUCACUUGACCCUCCUCUGUUAUGACUGCUGCAAAGGAAGUCGCCAUGUCGCGUCCCGCGGGACAGAAUCGCCUUUCCGUGGGCUCGCCUGCGAACAGCCUGCCCACACGCAACUCGUAUAGCCGCACGCACUCGCACACCCCGUCGCUGAACGCCGUAAACCCCACCAACCGCAUCAACCGGCGCAAGAGCUCGACGUUCUCAAGGCCUGCCAUCAAUGGGGCUGCCUUGGACAAUGCCGUGGCCGAAGGCGCCAUGGUCAAUCGCCGCAGCUCCAUGUCGAAAUCCGCCCUUGCAUCGAUGAGCAAUGCAGCUCAACCGAGCAGCUUGCCCCAGCACGCUUCCGUACCAGAGGAGGUGGCUGUGGUAGACGGGCCUUCCCUUUCCUCCUUCCCGAACAGCGAAAAGCCUAAAGCCAAGAUGCGAAGAGCUAGCGACGGUGCGCGUCUGAGCAAGAAGGACAAGGCUGCCACGGGGGAGCUCAAGUGUGAGCAUUGCGGCAAGGCAUAUAAACACGGCAGCUGCUUGACGAAGCAUCUCUGGGAGCACACGCCUCAGUGGCAGGUCACCUCGAAGCUGCUCAUCUCCAAGCACCAGCAAGUCCAGCUGCUUGAAGCCGCCUCUGUGCUUGUUGCCAUGAAUCAAGACGCCAAAGAGGGCCAUGACAGCGACGAUUCGUCCUCUCCAGCUGCUUCUGGUUCCUCGGACACGCGCGACGAGGACCUGAGCUCCAACGAGACCACGCCUCCACCGCAAAGGGAUGAGGAACAUAAGCGCUUCAGCGGCAAUAGUAGUUUAUACUCGCGUUCGUAUCAGUCGGUGUUCUCGAACGGCAGUGCGCCGAAUGGAGACCACGGCUUCUCGCACCACCGACAGUGGAGCGCCUCCACCAAUAGCAGGCCAAUGACGGCGAACACCUCGAUUGCGGAAAGCUAUUUCGGCGACGAAGAUCCCCAAGACCUGGCGGCCGCUGUGGGCCUGCUGAGCUGCAGCUAUGGCACGCCUAUAAGUGGUCCGACAGGCAUAGGCUAUGAUGUUCCUCCAGUUCCCCCACUCCCAGCCAAAUACCAGACUCACACGACCAAAUUCAACUCCAACUACCGCAAUCAGGGCGAUGUGGAGAUGGAAGACGACGAAGAUUCUGAUGACGAACCUCAUAAUGGCCGGCACGACGAGACGGAAUACGGCAUGUUUGGCAACAUGGAUGCAUAAUUUUUUGGUCCACAGUGUCGAUGACAAAAAUGACAACGACAACAACGACAAUAUAUGACAACAACAUUCUGAGUAACACAUAUCCAGUGUCUGAUCUAGUGCAUUAUAGAUCGCAGGCUAUUGGAAGGAACACGGGGAUCAAGGACAAUCACGGCGAGGCUCCGCAGGCUCAUUCCAGUACCGAUGAGCAGAAGGUCUCAUUGUUCUUCUGCGAGGUUAAAGCUGGACGAGGUUAUCCGAGCGUCGAGCAGCCAUUGGCACAGGCAAUCUUUUUUUUUUUCUUCGAAGAGUGGCCUACUCUUGCAUGUCUUCUUGCAAAGAGCUUAGGAGCAGCAAAGGCAGCUGUAGUUCUAGCAGUGACAACGAAUGGAAUGAGCACGAAUUUUAAA